AUGAAUACCUUUAUAAAUUUAGAUUUGGUGAAAUUGUCUUAAUUUAACAUCAAUAUAAUAAUCACUCUAUCAUCAAUAUAACUGUAAUGUUUUAAUGUUUAUAUAACAGUAUUGAUUCUCAACUUUUUUAAAGUUGUUCUAAAAACUUAGUUCUCUCUAAUCCAUGUCUAUUAAAAAAUAUAAAACAAUCUAUAAAUGAAUAUUUAAAAUGAUGAGAUAUCAUUUAAGUAAUAACCAUAUUAUUUUUAGAUAAUACAUAUUAAAAUUCCAAAAGAUAAUUUAGAGAUUGAAAGACAAAUUUUGAAUCGAUAAAAUAAUAAAAAUUCUUACUUUAUUCGAAAUAACAUAAAGGGAUUAUCAUUAUCUGUUUCAACUUCAUUUUAAAAUGAAAUUUACUUAACUUCAAAAUCAGAAUUAAAUCAAGAAUAAGAUAAAUGA